UUUCUCUUCAACUUCAAAGAUGGGAAGUAAUUAGAAAAACCAGAAUUUGUUAAUAAACCGAUUAGUUUAAUUUUGUUUGUGAAAAUGAUAAAAGACGGUUCAACAGCAAACCGGUUUAAAAUUAAACCAGAACUUGGGAAUUGGAAAUUGGAGAAAAAUCUCAGCCAUGGCGAUUGCUUCAACAGCCACCGUUCUUUUCUGCUGCGCCAAACCCAAUUUCCGGCGAAUUCAUUCUGAGAGCCGUCCAGCUUCUUCUCUCACCACCUCUAACGAACCUGUAAUUCGGAUCCGAAGCCGCAGUUUAAUUCAUGACCCGGUUGCGCUGUCGGGUCUUAUCGGAACCAGUUUGGUUGCGGCUGCUUUCAUCACGGCGGGACCAGAUGCUACUGCUUUGGCGGCGGUGGUGGAUUCUCUUCAGCUAAGCGAACCGUCCAAUGCGUUGUCUUUACCCACUUGGGCCGUUCAUGUUUCCAGCGUUGUCGAAUGGAUUACGGCGAUGGCAUUGGUAUGGAAGUAUGGAGAAAGAAAGGGUUAUGAGUCUUGGAAAGGUCUCUCAUGGGGAAUGGUACCUUUGCUUGGUGGAGCUCUCUGUGCAUGCACAUGGCAUUUCUUCUACAACGAUGAAUCUCUUGAGGUGUUGGUCGCUCUUCAGGCAGCACUAACGGUGUUUGGUAAUAUCACUCUCUGCAUUGCUGCCUUUCGGAUCAACAAGUUGUCAUCCAAAAUUGAAGUCUCUGAAAAGCCAUGAUGGCUAAACCGAUCAAUAUGAGCAAAGUAUAAUUGAAUUAUUAAUUGGAGGAUCACUAAGAUUCUUUUCCCCUUUGAAAAGUUCUAUGAGAUUCUAUGUCAACGAUUUAAGUAUAUUAUAUAGUCUUUAUAUGAGGAAGAUCCAUGUGCAUUCAACCUAUAUCAGUAACCCAAGUUACACAGAUUUAGUCUUAUCCAGAAUCUAGAGUUUGAAUUAAAUUAUAAAUUUUGGUUACGUGAUCAUAAGAACUUCUCCAUUUUUGUAUAAA